AUGAUAAAAUCAUAUAUCAAUGUGGAUAUUCUAUUGAUUAUAUUAUUAUCUGUUCAUACAAUUUAUUGUCAAGAUGAUCCACUUUCUAAAUUGGAAUCAACAAUAAUAUCGCAUGGUGGACAGGUAUUACGAAUCACAGAUUCACAAUACCAUGCAGCAGCUAUUCUUCACAAUAGAGUCAUACAAACAUGGCCCAAUAUGUUGAUACGUCCUGCAACAUUCGAUGAUGUAUCUUUAGUACUAUCAACAGUAUCUUCUCUUAAAAUUCCUAUUCGUAUUAUGGGAGGUCGACACAGUUACGGAGGUUAUUGUAGUCAUCAAGUAACAAUGGAAGCAGGUGUUCUAUGGAGUGAUAUUUAUAAAGUUUUAAAUGGAUCUGAACAUAUUAUUGUAGGUGGUUUGUGUCCAACAGUAGGUGUCGUGGGUUUUACAGUAGGAGGUGGUUAUAAUGCUAUGUAUAGUCGUUCAUAUGGUUAUGCAUCAGAUAAUGUUCUUAAUUUUAAAAUGGCAUUAUAUAAUGGAACUAUUGUCACAGCAUCAUCUACAAUUAAUCCGGAUUUAUAUUGGGCACUUCGUGGUGGUGGAGGUGGAAAUUUUGGUUUUGUUUUAGAAAUGACUCAAAAAAUUCAUCGAAUCAAUGGAACAAAUUUACCCAAUGGCCAGUAUUUAUUUCUUAAUCUAACUUGGGUCAAUACUGAUAUAAGAAAAGCUCUCAAUAAUUGGUUUACUUUCAUAAAAGAAGUUGCUGAUUUCGAUACUCGAAUUUCAUUUAAUACUAUUGUAGUUAUAACAAAUUCAGAUCCGAAACCAAAUCCUUACAAUGUGGUACAUUAUGCACAAAUUGAUAUAGCCAGAGAACUUGCAGUUCCAUUUCCUGUACCCAAACGAGAACAUGUCUUAUCUGCUAUGGCUAUUAAUAUCACCGAUGCUAUGUUAGAUGUUAUUUUAGAAUUCAAACCAAAUUCUACUCAUCAAAUUGAUGCAUGGACAGAAUUUGUAUAUCUACACAAUGCAAACAAAGAUAAAAAUACAGCCUUUGCUUUUCCUGAUAUUUCAUUUGACAUUGCUCCUGGAGUUUCAUGGCUCGAUGCUGAUUUUGAUCCGCUCGCAUUAGAUAUGGCUCAGACUAUGGAAAGGAAGUUAAUUGAUGCAGCAGCAUCUACGCAUAGUAUUCCUGGAGCAUAUCUUAAUUAUAUUGAUCCAUAUUUACCUAAUUGGGAAAAAAUGUAUUAUAGAAAUAAUUGGGAACGUCUUAGAGAAAUUAAUACUAAAUAUGAUCCUACUUGGUAUUUUAGAUUUCCACAAGGUAUUCCACCAUAUUUUUCAGAAUCAAAUAUAUCCAAUAUAAAUAACAACAAUAUUAUUGUAAUGGCUACUCUUAUUAUUAUCUUAAUAAUACAAACAUUUUAUUUAAAUCAAUAA